AUGUGCAUAUUUCAGGCAUUUCAAAUGGCCAUUCAUAGCAGCACUGCUGCAUGUGUCUCUAUCCCAUGGACAUCCAUUUUCAUGGGCGUAUUUGAGGCAUUCCAGGUGACCAUUAACUUACAAAUGGCCAUUUCGAGCAGCAUUGAUGCAUGUGUCAUUUCCCCAAACACAGCCGUUUUCAUGGGCAUAUCUCAGAAUUUCCAAAUGGCCAUUUUCAGCAGCAGCUGCACAUGUAUCAGCAUUCCAUUGACAUCCAUUUUCAUGGGCGUACUUGAGGCAUGCCAAAUGGCCAUUCACCGCAGCCUGGGUGCAUGUGUCAUUUCCCCAAACACAGCCGUUUUCAUGGGCAUAUCUCAGAAUUUUCAAAUGGCCAUUCCCAGCAGCUGCAGCAAUUGUAUUACGAUUCCAUGGACAGCCGUUUUCAUGGGCGUACUUGAGGCAUUCCAAAUGGCCAUUUUUAGCAGCAGCUGUACAUGUAUCAGCAUUCCAUUGACAUCCAUUUUCAUGGGCGUACUUGAGGCAUUCCAAACGGCCAUUCACCACAGCCUCGGGGCAGGUGCGUUGAUCCCACGGACAGCCAUUUUCAUGGGCAUAUCUCAGAAUAUCCAAAUGGCCAUUUCUGGCAGCAGCUGCACAUGUAUCAGCAUUCCAUUGACAGCCAUUUUCAUGGGUGUACCUCAGAAUAUUCAGGUGGCCAUUUCUGGCAGCACUACGGCAUGUGUCCUCAUCCCAUGGACAGCCCUCUCUACGGGCAUAUUCUAG